AUGCCUUUGGGGUACAAGCGCGAGAUCUCGUUUCCCCGACCAGCUCAUGGACGUGGCACUACCGUUCCUCGCGGCCACACGACACCAUCAGGAGCUGGGGGUCUGAUUGCUGCGGCGGGCGUGGCCCUGGAUAGCGAUCGCCGCCCCGGAGAUGGCAAGGUGGUCAGGCUUUCUGCAACAGCCAGGUGUUGCAAGGCUGGGGGCUUCGGGGAUCUGUCUGGCAUGGGACAGUUGCUUGAUGUCGCGCUGCCUAGGUCUGCGACGGCCGCUCAGCCAGAGAUGCACGAGGAGGCAGCAGCGAAUCCAAACGAGCCCGCUCGAAGAGUCUCGACUCAGGCUGAACAGCAGCAGGGUCAAGAGUCCAUCACUGGCAUCGAAGGAUUCCAGCCACACCUUCAACAGAAGCGGCGCAGUGUGACGGAAGUGAUGGCAGGAUUGCGAUCCGACCUUCUGAGUCAUUCAAUCAAGCCGAACUAUCGGUACCGGGCUGGCAUGCCAGGCGUGUGGGACACGAUACAGGAGAAUGCCAGUGCCAAGGUGGCGAAGAUGAGGCGUGCCUUGAUGGAGGCAGCUGAGAGACGAGAGGCCAAGCAAGCCGAGCAUUCCGCAUCGCUCCGGGACUCUUCCAUUGGUGAUCACGGAAAGUCGAACUCAGAAGCAGCCGCGGAUGAGUUCUCCAUCUCGCCGCUACUCACAGUUGUGGUGCUCUUCUUCCAUGCUCCUUGCAAUCCGCUGAACAUGGAUGAUAUUUUGAUCCUCAGGAGAGCGCGUCAGGCUAUCGAAGCGUACCAUCAGGUUGCUGUUGCCGGUGCAUUGGUCAUCCCUUUCAGCACGGUCGCCCUGCAGAAACGGUUCGCUGGCGAGAAGGGAGCAGUUCUUCUCCCCUUUGACUUUCGUAUGGAGAUGGCCCAAAGCGUGAUCGACACCGCAGAGCAGAGUUCGUGGAUUCUGACCGACAACUGUGAGGAAGGGUGCUUGGCAUCUGCACCGGGCUCACUCCUUCACUAUUUCGCCGAAUAUACGAGGAGUCGCUUAUAUGAUGCCGGCUACGAGACGAAGGUGCUCGAGGUAAGGUACGAGGACUGCUUGUGGAGUGACGGGGACGUCUCAAAGACCGAGCACCGCGUGGUGGAGGAUCCUUAUGGUCUGGUCCCCGAGGUGCCAAAGACGGCAACGGUCCGCGGGAUCUUUCGUGUGCUGGUCGAGUGCCCCAAGCAGGUCGGCGGAGUUCUGGGAUUUUAG